UCCCAUACUCAUUCACAAAUCACAAACACAUAGGUAGUUUCUUCUCUAGUAAAAGCCAUAAAACUUUGCCAUUUAAUUUGUCUAGAGGCAUUAUACUAUCCAAUCCAAUCCAUGGACCAAAACAACCACAGAGUACUAGUUUUUGUUUCUUGUAUGCUAAUAACAUGGAACAUUGUUGUUCCACAAGUUGAAGCUCGAGCAUUUUUUGUUUUUGGUGAUUCACUUGUUGACAAUGGUAACAAUAACUACUUAUUCACCACUGCUCGUGCCGAUAACUACCCUUAUGGCAUUGAUUACCCGACUCAUCGUCCCACCGGACGCUUCUCCAAUGGCCUCAACAUCCCUGACAUUAUAAGCGAAAGAAUUGGAUCGGAACCAACAUUACCAUAUUUGAGUCCUCAACUAAAUGGAGAGGCGCUACUAAAUGGUGCUAACUUUGCUUCUGCUGGAAUUGGAAUUCUCAAUGAUACUGGAAUUCAAUUUGUAAACAUAAUCAGAAUCACAAAACAAUUAGAGUUAUUUGAGCAGUAUCAGCAAAGAGUGAGUGCACUAAUUGGAGAAGAAGAGACAGUGAGACUGGUGAAUGAAGCUUUAUUUCUCAUUACUUUAGGUGGAAAUGAUUUUGUCAACAACUAUUUUCUCAUACCUUUCUCUGCAAGAUCGCGCCAAUUUCGUCUCCCAGAUUAUGUCGUAUACCUCAUUUCCGAGUAUCGUAAAAUUCUUGCGAGGCUUUAUGAAUUGGGGGCAAGAAGAGUUAUGGUGACAGGUACGGGACCGUUAGGGUGUGCACCAGCAGAAUUAGCCCAACAUAGCAGAAAUGGUGAAUGUUAUGCAGAACUUCAGGAAGCUGGCGAUCUGUUCAAUCCUCAACUUGUUCAAUUGUUGGGUCAACUCAACUCUGAAAUUGGUUCUGAUGUUUUUAUUUCUGCAAAUGCCUUUGCAGCAAAUAUGGAUUUUAUUGGUGAUCCACAAGCAUACGGAUUUGCCACAUCAAAAGUUGCAUGUUGUGGUCAAGGACCCUACAAUGGGAUUGGACUAUGUACUCCAGCAUCAAACCUAUGUCCAGAUAGAGAUGCAUUUGUAUUUUGGGACCCUUUCCAUCCAAGUGAAAGAGCAAACAGAAUGAUUGUAGACAGGUUCAUGAUAGGAUCCAGUGAAUACAUGCAUCCAAUGAAUCUCAGUACCAUUAUGCUUUUGGAUUCAAGGACCUAAUAGUAAUAUAAUAUAUUCUUAAGAGUUAAUGUCUUUAUUUAUACUCCUAAGCACAAGAUGUUGUAUUUGAUUUAAUUUCUAGCACAAAAUGUUGUAUACUAUAUAUUAAUUGUGUAGACUACAAUGUUAUUAUGUACUGCAAAUUAUAAGUAAAUUAUAUGGAACCUUAGAAAUUCAUGAGGA